CGUUUCGUUCCCGCGAGUCAUACGUGCGUAGACGAGGUGGACGCGGUCGCGGCGAAGAGGGACACACGCCGAGCUGAGGAGAGUCCGAACGAAGAAGAAGCGGUGCCGACGGUCGGGGAAGCAGAACCUUACGAACCUCCAUCGCGGCCGCAUCGUCGUCGCGUAUCCCUCCCUUUUGCACGCGUGCACGAAGAGAAAGAAAAAACAAGAAGAAAACGACCCGUUAGCGCAUCCGAUCGCGAGCCUGAUUUUUCGAUCGACGAAUUAGCGGUACUUGAAGAGCAAACCGAAGAGGCCAGCAGCUUGCAGCAACCAUGGUUUACGAGAGCGACUUCUACACAACCCGGCGACCCUACACGCGGCCGCUCGUCUCUUCCUACACCGUGUCGACGUAUCGACCCCUUACCAUCAUACCGCUCUCCGACGUCAUCCAGUUGAGGAGCGUUUACGUGCCUCACUUGCCAUACGUGGCACACAAGAGGCUCGUCACCGUAAUUCACUCGCCGAUCCAUCAUGUGUACUACGGUGGUUCGAUGAUGCCGAUAAGGGUGCGAGCGCGCGUGCGGCCCAGCGUCCUCGCAGCUGAGCUCAACAGGAUACGCGACCUGCCGAGGCCGUCUUACCGUUCCUAUCUUGAAGACUACCUAUUGUCCCGAUACAACAUACUCUUCGACGACGAGACGAAGGAUAUUCGCGCGAAAGUGGAUUCUCUUCUUCGACGCGUCCAUGUGUUCGUGCCAAGAGCAGUGGCAAGGUAUCCGACGAAAAUAAAAUGCGAUUUCAUCGAGGAUAUCAUCCCGGAACGUAUGCGCAGCCACGACUACGUUCGCCGACUGCUCAGCGGCCGCAGCAAUGCGAAGAAGCAGGUCGAUUAUCUGAGUUGGUACGAGGUGCCGGACCGGGGUAACUUCGGCACCCUGGCGUGCAUCAAGUACGUCGCCGGUAAGCCCCAGUCCGUCAGGAAGCCGUACUUCAAGGUCGCGGAUCUUCGACCGGCCGACAUACGCAACGACGUCAACUUCCUCAGCUAUUACAGCAAGAACCGUCAGGCGGCUGCGAAUGCCUCCUCCGGUCAGCCAAUGACAGAGCGAGAGAUGCGAAAGGUACGCGCACUAGGUUACGACUCGACGACUCAAGAACAAAAAACUCCUGCUCCGGAAUCGGAAACAAAAUCAGAGAAGAAAGCAAGAAAGAAGUCGGAGUCGAAAAAAGAACCGGAACCCGAGCCAGUAAGAGAGCCUGAGCCGGUGUCAGAACCGGUACCAGAACCAGAACCUGAACCUGUGAAAGAACCAGAGCCGAUAAAACCAUCAAAACCAGCGAAAGGAUUGAAAUCGGCUAAAUCGGCAAAGUCUGCGAAAGUAGCCGAACCCAAAAUAGAGCCUGCACCGGAACCAGAACCAGAAUCAGAACCUGUGAAAGAACCAGAAAUCAUAAAGGAGUCGGAGCCUGAGCCUGUGCCGGAGCCGGAGCCAGAACCGGUAAAGGAAGCCGAGCCUGUUUCAGAGUCGAAACCAGAAGCGCCGGCGGAACCGGUCGCGGAGGACGCGCCGACCGAAAGUGCGGAGGCAGUAAGUGACGAGGCUAACGAAGAAAAGGUGAAGCAAGACAAGGAAGAUGCCAUGAGGAGAGCUGAGGCUUACCUUGCUAAAGCAGCUCGGGAAGCUCAAUCAGAAGAGGAGAGGCGGAAGGCCGCGGAGGAGGAACGCCUGCAGCUCGAGAUGGAGGAAAGGAAAGCGUGGGAGGCACUGCAGCUUGCACAGGAACGGAAAGCCGAGCUUAGCCAGAUACUGGAAAUCGAGCAGCAGGAAGCCGAGAGGAAGACGGAAGAGGCAAAGUUACAAGCUGAACGCGAGGAAACGGAGAAAAUAGAAGAGGAAGAAAGAUUAAUCAAUCAAGCGAAGCUCGACGCGCUCAUUCAGGAGCAGGAACGACUAAUAGUCGAGGAGCAUCUCGAAGAAGUUCAAAAGCAGAAGCAGGAGCAGGAAGAGGCGGAUGUCGCGCAGCUUGAAGCUGGUGAAAUUAAAGACGUCAGCUGCGCCGACCCGGCGGAUCUUGACGAAAUAACUGAUCAGGAGAGGGAGGAGAAGCCUUGCGAUGUUACCACGGAUGACGAAACACGAGUCGAAGAAGAGAAUGUUCACGAGGAGCCAGUCGAAGUGACUGAAGAACCGUUCGUCGAGGAGCCGGAAGGGGCCGAGAGCAAGCCGCAAACGGGGCCGAUGGCGACUGGCGAAGAUGGGGCGCAGAUCGAGGAGGUUACUUCCGGCGAGGAAUUCGACUGGGGUGAUCAGGACGCGUCCUAAUUGGUUCGGUCCGACUGGUUCGGACCGUUUCGCGGCAUCGAUGGACCACGUUCCUUUACCGUCACCGUUAACGCUAGGAUUUAACAUGCCUUCGUCUUAUCAUCCUGUCCGCAAAUGUCAUUUAAUUCAUCAUCACUGCAGAUAAUCGCCAAUCGGUGACGAAGAGAUCUUAAUUAAUUUUCUUUUUAUUAAUCUCCAUUCACUCUAUUUAUCUAUAUUCGUAAAAUGCACACUUCGCGUCCAUGAGUUUCACGUUUCAUCAGGGCACAUUUCGUAAUCAAUUUCACGCGUCACGUUGUGUUGAUCAUAUUAGAUAAACUCGAUAUACGUGGAUCGAUAUAAGUUUAAAACCGUGGAAUAUCUCUGACUAGCUAUCUUUUUAUUAGCUAAUCUCAGAAGAGCCAAUCGGAGAGACUCGCCUGUGGUCUCGCGCGAUCUGCGCGUACUUACUAUAUUUCAUUACUGACCGCACACCCCUUUCACAUUAUAUCCCGCGUCGGAGAGCGGCAACCCGUAGAUCGAGUCUGACACGAGUAUCGAUUUCCGUUGGUCUGCCGGUGGUGGUGAUUCGUUUAUAGUCUCGGAUAGUAAUCGAGUAGAAAUAUCGCGACGUAUUUUAGCCAUCCAUUCGGCAGUCGUGCAGUCGAGCUGGCUUCGUCGUCGUCUAUUUUUACAGUAACAGCUUCGAGUUUCAGCCAUGAAAUUGGUUUGACUGCGAUUGUCCGAGCGAUCGAUCGAAAGGACCGAGGAUUCCGGAAAUAAUCGCGAGCACGAAUUGAGAAUUAGCAGCUAUCUCACGACUCUCUCGUCGCUCGGAAAGUGGCAGUCUUCUGAUAUACUUAUACUAGUAUUACUUAUUAUUAAAAAAAUACUAUAUAUGUAUUAUAAGAGAGUGAUAAUAAUAAGAAUGAUUCAAUAUGGAAUCUGUCGCUCCGCGAUUUAACGACAGGCUGGAAAAGCCGUCGACUUUUUCGCAAAAAAAGCGUCGUAAGAAAAAUUACGGAGCUAGGAAUGAAACGGUCACAAGUACAACUUUUUUUUUUUAAUCGAGUUAACCGAACCUGAGAUAUAAAUUUUUAAUGUUUUAUAAAAUUUUCAUGAGAUUCCCUGGCAUAGAACAAAACGGAUACGAAUAUUUGCGCGAUAUGCAAAACAUGCUCAUUAUCCUUUCAUUUCGAAAAACUGCUGUUUUUGCCGCGAAUUGAAAUUAAAAUUAGACAUAAGGAAAGCUACACAAUCUGUAAGAUAAUCGACGUUGUGUGCUGUGUACGAAUAAAGCAGGAAUAUUUAACGAGGUGCUUAAUAGAUAACGAAUCUAUUCGUAUUCUGUUUAUAUAUUCCUGUAUUUAAUGCGCACCAAAAUUUGUAGCACGCAAUGUGUACCCACCCCCUAUUUUGUUUAUGAUUCAAGAUAAUAAAUAUUGUAAAUGGUGAAAUACAAA